AUGUCUAAAGCUAUAGCUAAGAAUGUUAUGGUUAAAUUAAUAGUGGGUGCUGGUCAAGCAGCUCCAGCACCUCCUGUUGGUCCAGCAUUAGGAUCCAAAGGUGUUAAAGCUAUUGAUUUCUGUAAAGAAUUCAACGCCAGAACUGCAAAUUACCAACCUGGUACUCCAAUACCUGUUUUAUUAACUGUUAAACCUGAUAGAACAUUUUCCUUUGAAAUGAAAUCUCCUCCAACUUCUUGGUUAUUAUUAAAAGCUGCCGAUGCUAAACAAGGUUCAGGUAAACCAAGUUCUGAUAAAGUAGGAGAAAUCAGUUUAAAACAUGUUUAUGAAAUCGCUAAAAUCAAGAAAACCGAUGAUAGACAUAAGAAUAUUGAUAUGAAAUCUAUUGUAGGAAGUAUCAUACUGACGGCGUCAGUGGUUGGAAUCAAUGUCGUUCCAUAG